AUGUCUUAUAAAGUUAAUUUUUUCCUAAGAGCUUCUUUUUCACUUUUUAUAUUAUCAUUUUUUAUUCUGAUAAACACGUUAAGUGUUUUCUAUUCCGGUGAAAACUAUUUUUUGGAGUGAGAGAUCAUUGAACUUAAUUCUGCCACUGCAUCAUUUGUUCUAAUUUUUGAUUGAGUUUCGCUUCUUUUUUUAGGUUUAGUAAUUUUAAUUUCUGCAGCAGUUUUAAUAUUCAGAAAUUUUUAUAUAGAUGACGAUAUUUAUCCGGCACGAUUUGUUUAUUUAGUGCUUCUUUUCGUUUUUUCUAUGAGAAUAGUGAUUUUAAGCCCCAAUAUUAUUAGCAUCCUAUUAGGAUGAGAUGGGUUAGGAUUAGUAUCAUUUCUAUUAGUGAUUUAUUACCAAAACUUUAAAUCCAUGAAUGCUGGGGUUAUUACAAUCUUAUCAAACCGUGUAGGGGACGUAGCAAUUUUAAUUUCAAUUGGGCUUUUGUUUAGAACCGGAAGAUGAAACCUCUUAUUCUUAAGCUUUUAUCUUUACAACCCCUUAUUUAUUUUUUCUCUUUUCUGUUUUACUUUAGCAGGAUUAACGAAAAGAGCCCAAAUACCCUUUUCAGCAUGAUUGCCAGCAGCUAUAGCUGCCCCGACCCCUGUUUCUGCUCUAGUACACUCUUCAACUCUAGUAGCAGCGGGGGUUUACCUUUUAAUUCGUCUUAAUUAUUUGAUUAGAGAAAUCUGAUGAUUAAGUUCUAUUUUAUUAUUUAUUUCUAGUAUAACAAUAUUUAUAGCUGGAAUUUGUGCCAAUUACGAAACAGACCUUAAAAAAAUUAUUGCAUUAUCAACUCUUAGCCAGUUAGGAUUAAUAAUAUCUGCUAUUGCCCUCGGAUUUACUAUAUUUGCAUAUUUUCACUUAUUAACACACGCUCUAUUUAAGGCAUUAUUAUUUAUAUGUGCUGGGGCAUUAAUUCAUAAUGGGGGAGGGUCUCAAGAUAUUCGGUUUAUAGGGGCUAGUGUUGUUCAGAUGCCUCUAGUUAGAGUAUGUUUAAAUUAUUCUAACUUAGCUUUAGCAGGAGUUCCCUUUUUAGCUGGGUUUUAUUCUAAGGAUUUGAUUUUAGAAACAAGAUGAAUUUCAAAUAGAAAUAUUUUUGGUAUUUUUUUAUUAUACGGGGCUACAUUAAUAACUAUCAUAUACUCUUUCCGUUUAAGUUUUUAUUCACUAUGAAGAUGAAAUCAGUCUGAACCCCUUUCCUUGAUUGGUAACGAAACUAAAUUUAUAGUUAUCCCUAUAAUAGUUUUAUCUCUAGGUUCACUUUUAGGUGGGACACUCCUAAUUUAUGUAUUUUUUAUAGAUAUUCAAAUUGUUUUUAUUAAUUUUUAUCAAAAAAUACUAAUUAUUAUAAUUUUAAUUUUAGGGGGUUGAAUAGGAUUUACUCUCAAUUGUUCAACUAGUGAACACAUGAAAAGAAAAUCUUUGAGUUUUUUUCCUAGCUCUUUUUUUUUAUCUUCAAUAUGAUUUUUUCCCUCAUUGACAGGAAUCACAUCAAGGAACCCUCUUAAAACGGGUAGUUUAAUUUUUAAAACUUUAGAUUUAGGGUGGUUUGAAUUAAUUGGAGCCCAAGGGCUAAAAACGCUUACAACUAAAAUUAAUAUGAUUUCACAAAUUAUAUUACUUAAUAGUAUUAAAACUUAUU